GUUGCAGCGAAGGCGACAAAUGUCGUCUGUUCCCUUCAUGUCUUAUGACAUUCUUGCCUCAGAUGAACAGCUCUAUACCGUCGUGCACCUCGUUGGAAUCACCGAAGCCUCAACUAUUACUGACAUUGCGUCCGGUCUGAGCAUGUUCAAAUUCAUCUGGAAAGUCACCAUGUUCUGCUGUUUAAAUGUUGCCGCCGCCGCCCCAUGGUGCUGGCAGCUGCUCAGCUCACAUGGCUUUUCAUCGUGUUCGGCAUGGCCGCUUCCAGUGGUGCUAUCUUUGAGAAGAGCCACCAGAAGGACAAGCAUGCUGGUAUUGUCUCGGUCGCCUUGUGCAGAUCCUCGUUGGCAUUGAUGGUCUACCUUACCCUGCCGAGAGUUUAUGUAUAGCAUUCGCGUCAAAUGCAUAGCCGUAUAGAAUACUGCGAAGCAGGCCUGGGGACGUUAUAGCAUGUAUGUCAACGAGUCGGUCGUAUUGAACACUACUCUUAAGUCACUUUGCCUUACUUGCAUGUUGUCCUAUUGAAAUCGGGAUAGUGUUCGAAGUAACUGUGUUUUAUAUGGCUGGUAUUCAAU